AUACCGGAAGUCAUAGUCAAGUUGUGCGUGUUCAUGAGCACGGGAGCAAGAGUGGACCCGGCAAACACGUUAGCUACCGUGGGAAGAAGAGAACCAGCCGGUGGAUCAAUCCACGGAAUGAAACAAAUAUAUGUUUGUUUGUCACUGUUCAGCUAUCAUACACUUCACGUUCUCAUUCGGAGCGUCUCGAUAAGAAGAGGCUGACCAAGUGUUGAAGCCCUGUGUGUUUCCGAAGAGGGAGUGUGUAGUUCCUGUCCCAUUAGAGUCCCGGGCCGGUGUGUGUCAGAAGAACCAGAGUGUGUGUCUCUGUGUGAGCAGCUCUCCCUAUGUGUGUCACUAUGGGGGACAUCAGUGACCUGGACCGACAGAUAGAGCAGCUCAGACGCUGUGAACUCAUCAAAGAAAAUGAAGUGAAGGCUCUGUGUGCCAAAGCCAGAGAGAUUCUGGUUGAGGAAAGCAAUGUCCAGAGAGUAGACUCCCCCGUCACAGUGUGUGGUGAUAUACAUGGUCAGUUCUAUGACUUAAAGGAGCUGUUUAGAGUUGGUGGCGACGUCCCCGAGACAAAUUAUCUUUUCAUGGGAGACUUUGUGGACAGAGGCUUCUACAGUGUUGAGACUUUCCUCCUUCUGCUAGCUCUUAAGGUGCGUUACCCAGACAGGAUAACCUUGAUUCGGGGGAACCACGAGUCCCGUCAGAUCACCCAGGUGUACGGCUUCUAUGAUGAGUGCCUCCGCAAGUACGGCUCCGUCACCGUCUGGAGAUACUGCACCGAGAUAUUCGACUACCUGUCCCUCUCCGCUAUCAUCGAUGGCAAGAUCUUCUGUGUGCACGGGGGCUUGUCUCCCUCCAUCCAGACACUUGACCAGAUCCGCACCAUUGACAGAAAACAGGAAGUUCCCCACGACGGGCCAAUGUGUGAUCUGCUGUGGUCGGACCCUGAAGACACCACAGGGUGGGGGGUGAGUCCCAGAGGUGCCGGCUAUUUGUUUGGCAGCGACGUGGUGGCCCAGUUCAACGCAGCCAACGACAUCCACAUGAUCUGUCGAGCGCACCAGCUGGUGAUGGAGGGCUACAAGUGGCACUUCAACGAGACGGUGCUCACCGUGUGGUCAGCACCCAACUACUGCUACAGAUGUGGCAACGUGGCGGCCAUCUUGGAGCUGGACGAGCAUCUACAGCGGGAGUUCAUCAUAUUCGAAGCGGCGCCACAAGAGACCAGAGGCAUCCCCUCCAAGAAGCCAGUAGCCGACUACUUCCUGUGAGGGGCUAGAGCAGACAGCAGCGAUGAGUGGAGGUCUCCACUGCCACCUCCCAGCCUCCACCCUCCAACAUGUCCGCCUGAACUCAAGCCUGCCCGCGGCUGACAGCAGUCCCUGUGAGGCGGACAGACUGCUGUCACUUCAUCGUUUUCUCCCCCCUCCGCCUCCUUCCAUCUCUCUAUUUCUCUGUAGAUACUCCACCUAAACUCACCACCACUUGUGGUAUUUUUCCACGACGAACAUUGUCUUUUAGUUUUAGAAGUUUUAUUUUAAAUGCAGAUGAAGGAAGUUCAACAAUUUAAGGAACUCCUUCAAUGCAUACGUUCUCUUUACUUUAGAUUUUUUUUUUGUAUAAUUGUCGCUUCAGGUGUAAGCUGACCCUCGGCUCACUUUCUUCUCGCUCUUUGUUUCUGUUUCAGCCGUCAUGUGCGUCACUAUUUAACAGAGCCACUGUCACAGAUGAUCUGCAGAAAUUAAAUUAGUGACCAGCAGGGGUCACUGUCACCAUUAUUUUCUCUUAAUUCCUUUUAAUCUACAAAUCUCUCUAGGUCUGUCAAUUUUGAUAUUGUGAGAAUAAAGUUUUUGUAUCAAUGCUGA